AAAUACCUCUCUCUCUCUCUCUAUCAUCCACUCAACCUUUGUCUCUCUUCUUCAUCGCAACCGCACCGGCCAAACCCUAAUCUCCCCCAAAUCAUAAAAAAAAAACUUCCUCAUCGGACAACAAUCCAUCUCCGUUUCAAUCCCAAACCGAAUCCGACAUGAGCCAGACCAUCGUCUCGCUUGGACUAUAAUGUUGCUUUGAAGUUUGAGCAUCGAACCAGCAAGGGAUGCAACUAUGGUCCUCCACAUGAGUGGCAAGUGUACAACACCUUGGGUGGUAGUCAUGGAGUCCCUAGAGUACAUUUCAAAGGGAGGCAAGGAGACUAUUAUGUUAUGGUUAUGGACAUACUCGGGCCGAGCUUAUGGGAUAUAUGGAAUACUUCAGGGCAAGCAAUGUCCUCAGAAAUGGUAGCUUGCAUUGCUGUUGAAUCACUUUCCAUCCUUGAAAAGAUGCAUGCAAAAGGCUAUGUGCAUGGUGAUGUUAAGCCAGAAAAUUUCUUACUUGGCCAGCCUUCAACGCCUCAAGAGAAAAAGCUGUUUCUUGUUGAUUUGGGACUAGCAACAAAGUGGAGAGAAGGUGGUGGUAGCGGACAACAUGUUGAAUAUGAUCAACGUCCCGAUAUGUUUAGGGGGACAGUUAGAUACGCAAGUGCACAUGCUCACUUAGGGAGAACUGCUAGCAGAAGGGAUGAUCUUGAAUCAUUGGCAUAUACACUGAUUUUCCUUCACCGGGGUCGAUUGCCAUGGCAAGGAUAUCAGGGAGAUAACAAGUCAUUCCUCGUUUGCAAAAAGAAGAUGGCAACAUCGCCGGAUAUGCUUUGUUGUUUCUGUCCCCCUCCUUUCAAGCAGUUUCUUGAGAUUGUGGUAAAUAUGAAAUUUGACGAGGAACCUAACUACGGGAAGUUAGUAUCUCUGUUUCAAGAGCUCUUGGGGGAAAAUCCAGCAAUUAGGCCCAUAAACACAGAGGGUGCUCAAAAGAUCAUUUUUCAAGUUGGACAGAAGCGAGGUAGGUUAAGCAUUGGGGAAGAAGAAGAUGAUGCCCCUAGGAAAAAAGUCCGCCUAGGUGUCCCUGCAACGCAAUGGAUAUCGAUUUACAAUGCCAGGCAACCAAUGAAGCAGAGGUAUCAUUACAAUGUGGCUGAUACAAGACUGGCGCAGCAUAUUGAGAGAGGUACCGCAGAUGGGUUGUUAAUAAGCUGUGUAUCAUCAUGUUCGAAUCUAUGGGCAUUAAUAAUGGAUGCUGGAACUGGCUUCACAAACCAAGUCUACGAACUCUCUCCUGUCUUCUUGCAUAAGGAAUGGAUAAUGGAACAGUGGGAGAAGAAUUACUAUAUAAGUUCAAUUGCUGGUGCAGCCAAUGGAAGCUCCUUAGUUGUCAUGUCAAAAGGCACGGCGUUUACACAACAGUCUUACAAAGUAAGCGAUUCAUUUCCAUUCAAGUGGAUAAACAAGAAGUGGAGAGAAGGCUUCCAUGUAACCUCUAUGGCAACAGCUGGAACUCGAUGGGGUGUUGUUAUGUCCCGCAAUUCUGGCUACAGUGAACAGGUUGUUGAAUUGGAUUUUCUGUAUCCGAGUGAAGGCAUUCACAGGCGUUGGGAUGGUGGAUUCAGAAUCACAUCAACAGCAGCAACAACCGAUCAAGCUGCUCUAAUCCUAAGCAUCCCACGGCGUAGGCUGGUCGAUGAGACACAAGAGACACUGCGUACCUCUCAAUUCCCCAGCACACAUGUCAAGGAAAAAUGGGGGAAGAAUCUCUACCUUGCAUCAUUAAGCUAUGGGCGAACUGUAUCUUAAAACCUUGAGAAGCUUCUGUUGUGAAGUAGUGAAGACAUAAUCACUUAUUUAACUUGACAUUUCCCUUUAAAACUGCUAUUUAUUUUUUGUACCAAGAGGUUAUUUUGUUGCAAGUAUAAUAUAUUAUUACAAGGAUUCACAAAAAGAAAAAGAUACUGUAUUCUUCAA